AUGUCCGAAUUCACAUCAGCGCUUCUUAUAUCAUUCCCUCUAACCGUCCUAAUAUCGGGGUUAUUAGCGAUGGGACUUUUGUCAUGGGUUCGCCCGAGCGGUCGGAUCUCCUUCUAUCACGCCAAGGACAAUAAACUUCUCUUGACAAAGCAUGGCAAAUCAGGCAAAGAACAGACGUCCCUCGUGGACAUCUGCCGCAGCGCAACUCCCGACACUUGCCAUCUCAACCCGUUUCUGUUCAACGGCCACCUGCAAACCGGCUGGACCGUGUAUAAACAUGAUAAUGUCCCCGUGUACUAUAAGCGGAAGAUGUUCGAGUCCGACACCCCCAUGCUAUCGGGUCAAUAUGCGAUCGAUUUUGUCGUAAAGCCGUAUGAUAUGCCUCCCGAGGGGGAGCUGACCGACCAGGAGAGGAAGUAUACCCAGCCGUCUGGUCUACCGCCUCGGACUUCUUUCUAUCCCCAGGCGGAAUUCGCCGAUCUUCCAUCCAACGACUCCAAACCGAUGCUUGUGGUUUUGCAUGGUCUGAGCGGUGGCUCCCAUGAACUGUAUCUGCGACAUGUCCUGUCUCCCCUAACGGAAGACGGCUCGUGGGAGGCUUGUGUGGUGAACGCGAGAGGUUGCGCCCAAUCCAAGAUCAGCACAGGUGUCCUCUACAAUGCGAGGGCAACCUGGGAUGUCCGCCAGUCUGUGAAAUGGCUGCGAAAGACGUUCCCCAACCGCCCACUUUAUGCGAUCGGCUUCUCACUCGGGGCUAACAUUCUUGCCAAUUAUCUGGGAGAGGAAGGUGAUACUUGUGAAAUCAAGGCAGCUGUGCUCUGUGCGAGCCCCUGGAACUUGGAUAUCAGUUCGGCCACGCUGCUGCAGACCUGGAUCGGACGGGAAGUGUACAGCAAGACCAUGGGAACGAGCAUGAAAGCGCUCUUUGAACGACACGUUGAUCAAAUUGUUCACAAUCCUCGUGUUGAUAUCGAUGCUGUGAGAAAGACUACCUAUUUGCAUGAGUUUGACCGUGCCUUGCAAUGUCCGACCUGGGGCUACCCCACCGAGGGCGCAUAUUAUCGUGACGCUGCAUCCACUGAUAUGAUGUUGAACAUUCGCAUUCCAUUCAUGUGCGUUCAGGCAGAGGAUGACCCUAUUGCAUCGCGCGAGGCACUGCCAUUCCAAGAAAUGACCCAAACACCCUAUGGCGUCAUGGUGACCACCUCUUGGGGUGGCCAUCUAGGAUGGUUUGAGCUUGGUGGAGAUCGGUGGUUUGUGAAGCCAGUGAACAAUUUCUUGAACAAGAUGGCCAAAGAGAUUGACCAUCAAAUUCCCGGUGUGGUUGAAAACCCGGAGAAGUUGCCCGGCCUAAUUGCUAGCCACCCCGGCCCUGGCAAAGAUGCAGACCUCGCGCCAAAGCCCGACUACAACGUUCUACGCCGCAGGCUCGACAUGAAGAUGUCGGCGUAA